GAUCCCAUAAUUAGUUUGGCGUAAUUGAACAGGAUAUCGUCUGUCAGGGACGACCCGCUUCCUGUGCCACGACUCUCGUCUUGUAAACUCUUCCCCUGUCACAGCGCGAAGACCCGUGAUAAUAGGAGAGACAGUGCCCCUCCCGGGAAGAUGCCAGGCCGCUAUCUGGACACGGGCUGUCCGACAUUCCGUUGCUAGGCUGUCGUCGUGUAUGUGGAAACGCGGUUUGGGCAGGAUAAGAGUGUGUGCUCUGCCCCGCCCCGGGAGCGGUGUUGACUUUUCCUUUGCUCCAAAGUGACCCGAGACGUGAGAGGGCCAUACCAGAGCAGUAGUAACUCUAGCUAACGUACCGGGAAAUACCGACUACUGUCAGCCGGGCCUGCCGACAUGCAGGCCGAGAAGCCGCGGACGCUACAAAUGGCGUCCACGGAGAAAGAGUUAGAGACGUACAGACUGAACCAGAAGGAGACGAGACGUCUUCAAGAAGUUCGGAGCCAGCUGGAGAAGAGUGAGAAGAUACAGGUUCGGUCCAUCUGUCAGGAGUCCGGGGUGGUGUACCAGGACCUGGAGCGGCUGCACGCGCGCGAGCUGACGCCGUCCCUGUCAGAGUGGCUGCAGGGCCGGGUCAGCACCAAGAAGAGCGCGCAGCGCAAGUUCCUGGCCCGGAAGAUCGACAGUCCGAAGGCGCGCGCCCGGAAGAAGGCGGCGGAGGACGCCGAGAAGAGGCUGAGCGAGCUGGCUUACACCAAUCGGAUGUUCCGCGCCUCCGUAGAGCAGAUGAUGGGUGACCCCGCCGUGGUGGACGACACGUCGGCCGUGGAGACCGUGGCUAGGCACAACACGUUUCACGCGGAGGACGGCCUGGACGAGGCGGGCACGGACGUCGACACGCGGGAAGACAGCACGGAAACCCGGGAGCAGGAGUUAGACGCAGAAGCAGCCGAAUGACAGGGACAGUGGUGCCGAGACGGCGAGAUUCUUAGCUAUGUAUCUUAUACAGACACUGACUCAGUCUCGUUUGGGACCGCAUUCGCCUUGCCCCAACGCCACCAUGCGGCAAAGAGUGGCAUUGCGUCCUGAUAAAGGAAGCUGAACAGUUGCCAAAACGUUGUCAUGCACAAAACUAAGAUUAACUCGAAUUCGGGACUCGUGGUGAGAAACUGUCACAACAUCGUCGCAGUAACGGAAAGUACCUAAAGGCCAGUAACGUUCUAUAACGGUCUUUGGACCCCUCCCGGACGUUGGAUAGCUUCCGUUGAUACUACUAGUAGAUACUAGUAGAUGUUUAUGCUCUAUACAAGAAUAUCAAUGGCAAUAUUUAUCGUAAGCGUAUAAAAGCGAUAAGCGAUAUAUGUGAAGUAUGUGUGUACGUGAAUUGUGAGAAACUGUGUUUAUAAAAACUGUGCAAUUUGUAGAUAUUUUUAUAAGAUGAUCUAUGUGUUUACCGUCAGGUGUUUACGUCUGGGAGUGUGACUAGUCACUGAAGAUGUAGUGUAUGUUGUCAUGUGACGUCCUACUUAGUUAUAGGCGACUCCGAUCGCCAUUCUCAUAUCUAGGGCACAGUCUUCAUUAAGGUCAAGGUCUAGUUCCACUGUCAUCAAUGCUACUUUAUAGGUUCAACACAUGCCAGCCUUUUUUCAGUGUCUGGAACAAGAAAGAACACAUGCACAGUUUAUGUCAUCAUUCUUACAUUAUUCUAUUUCUUCAUAGUCCAAAGAGUACAAUUACAUAUAACUAAUAGCUAGCUGCCAAGUGGAUUUGUCAACGUCAAUUGAACCAAUAAGUUAAGAAUCAGCCCAGAAAGCGUUAUUCAAAUAUUUACUAGUUGUAGUUAUGCAGGUGUUUAAGACAUACUUGAGAAGACGUUGUUUUUAUGUGGCGGUCUCCGGGUACGGGUGUAGUUAUGACAGUUGACGUUACGUGCCGUCACCAUGUCUCCACACCACUUCUCCCCGUCCCUACUUGAACCCCCAACUCCACCCUAAGCACGUCUCCGUGCCUGUAAUGAGAGGAUAUCGGCCCCACACAGCCCGACCCACCGAUAAACGCUCUCCAAACGGGCCGUGAUCGAUCCCGAAAUGUGCGGGGUCCGCCAAAACCGUCAAUCAUUUUCAAAGGGUUGAAUAAUCAAAAAUCAAAUAGCGGCUGUUGAUAAAGUCUAACGGAAGGAAUGCCAGCCGACGGGACGACAUGUUAUCAGUGCCCGGCUCCCGGGUUACACAGAUAGCGGCGGAACCACGCUGUAAAACCUGGCAGGGCGCCUAAUUUCUCAUGAUAAAAACCUGUAUUGCCGGUGUAUUAAGCGUACUCGACCGGACUAUAUAUGAUAGUAAUUUGCCACCGUACAUGAUGCUCGUCCAGUUCAGUCAAUGAAGGCCUUGACCCUGCAUAGAAGUCUGUGUUCGAACUGAGGUGGCGCGGGUUAGUAAUCGUAAUGUGCAACGUAUGGCAUCUACUUGAACUUAAUUUCAAUCUACAUAAACAUAUGAAAAUUAAGACAAUUACAGUCUAGUGAAGUUAACUACUAUGUAACACAAACACACCUUGCAAAAGACUAUAUAGUAUGGGAUGAGAAUGUGCA